AUUUCUAGUAAUUUAUAUUUCUAUUUAUCUAGUUAAUUGUUUUAAAUACUUUUGUUGAUUGUUGAUUGUUGUUACAGUUUCUGUAAAUGUUAAUUAUAUUGAUAAACUAGUUUUCUACCGGUGAGAUAAAAUCUUUGACCAAAAGAAAAAAGCAACACAUCAAAUUGGAUAAUAUUUUUUUUCUGGUGAAUCUUUUUUUUUGAAGAAGAAAACGAAUUGGUUUGUUAAUAAUAUAUAAUAAUUAUUAUUAUUAUGAGUGAAAAUAAGUGUUUCCGUUGUGAGAAACGUGUCUAUCCUAUUGAAGAGUUAAAAUGUUUGGAUAAAAUUUGGCAUAAAAGUUGCUUCAAGUGUCAAGAAUGUGGUAUGACACUUAACCUUAAAACCUACAAGGGUUACAAUAAGAUGCCCUAUUGUAAUGCCCAUGUACCCCAAGUUAAAUAUACAGCGGUUGCGGAUACACCGGAGGCUCGUAGAUUGGCUGAAAAUACAAGGAUUCAAAGUAAUAUUAAAUAUCAUCAAGAUUUUGAAAAGCUUAAAGGAAAAGUCACCCAAGUUGCUGAUGAUCCGGAAACAUUGAGAAUUUUAAAUUCCUCAAAGAUGAUUAGUAACGUGGCUUAUCACGGAGAUUUGGAGAAAAAGAAACAAAUGGAAGAGAAAAGAUCACUUCUUUCGGAUACAACCGAAUUGCCCGUUGAGCCUCAAAAUGUUGUUAUUAAUCAAGUUAAUGAUACUCAUGUUGUACGGAAAGUUGGCUCAAUUGUUAAUUAUGACCCAUUGAAUGAUAAUUACGGAUCAAUCGCUUCUGGUUAUCGGCGAGAAAAUCCAACAACCUUAUAUUUUAAUCAACCAAUCAAUGUGAUGGGUCAAGAAGCAAAUAUGGGCUAUAAAAUGCCAAGUCGCUUAUUCCGAGCCAUGUACGAUUAUACCGCUCAAGAUACUGAUGAGAUCAGUUUCCGUGAAGGUGAUGUGAUCUUUAAUUGUCAAUCAAUUGACGGAGGUUGGAUGACAGGUACUGUUCAAAGGACUGGUUUCCGUGGCAUGUUACCGGCCAAUUAUGUUGAACCCUAUAACUGAAUUAACUUUCAACAAUCAACGACAACAAAUGAAGUGUUUUAACUCACUUAUAAUAUUAUUUAAAUAUAUAUAUAUUUAUAUAUAUUAUUAUUAUUAUUAUUACAUAAA